AUGCCUUAUGAUACACGACGAAAAUCAUUGAAUUUACCUAUGCUAGGCAUACAACUACCGGAAACUCAUGCUUCAAAAGCGGCCGCACGUCUUUCACCGCCUUCAACAACAAGAACAACAACAACAACAACAACAACAACGACAACAAUAACAGCGACGCCGAUAUCAGAACAGCAAAAUCAUUCGAAAAAAAUAAAACGAUUUCGUACUUGUUCAUUCUCAAUAUCGCCUUCACCACCAAAACGUGUGCAUCUGAAAUAUGAGCAUACCCCGCCACCCUCACCGCCAUCUUCAGUCCACGAUGAUGUUGAGGAUGUGAAAGUGGAGGAAAUAAAACCUAGAGAAAUUGAUUUGGACGAGAUAAAGGAUGAAAUUGUUGAAGGUGUUAUUGUUCAAUUACUAAAAACUGGUAAUACACCUCAUUUGGUUAAGCAAUUGGCAAUUAUUUUGUCCCGGAGUGUGAAAAUCGUGGAACAAUCUGCCAAUCCAUCCGCGAUUAUCUCCUCACGAUUAUCUACCUAUCUUAAACGAUCAUCAUGGAGCGCGUCUUCACCUUGUCCAGUGGGAAAAGAGUUGGAAACUGUACACCCGAGAAGAACGUACUUUUAUUUGACCACUUACCCACAUCAACCAAUCCCCGACCCAUCACAAUUUCCUCAACGAACCAUCAUUUCUCCUUCUAUAUCCAGCGCAGAAUCAACAUCUGAUGGAGCAGAUGGUGAAGGGAGAAGAUCUCUAUCACCUGAAGUCGAUUUAUCUUCCGAAGAAUACGAUGAUGAUGUUUCAAUUACACCUCCUACUCCAACAGGUUCCUUUGCUGGUCGUCACGAACGUUCCGUGAGGAAUAAUCGCACUUCAUCGCCACCUCUCGAGAAAGACGAAAAGGAAUUUACUCAAACGGCGCGUGGAAUGCAAAAAAGGAAAUUCAGUGGCGAAGCGUUAUCGAAACCAUCAGAUUUGACCGAUAUGCCAUCAAACGUUUCCAAUACCCCGAUGAAAAGCGUGGAAUCUGAUCCAUUUUUCGGAGAAGGCCGAGGUUUAUCGGUGUCAAAUACGGGGAUUUUCUUGAAUAGCCCCGCUAUGAAACCUGUUCUCGCGUCGAAAAAAUCUUGGGAUACGACGGUGGAAACUUCUCACGCGAAUUGGACCCCACGUUGGAUUGGGCCGCUAGAUUGGGAUAUGAGAAGUCCGGAAACUAUCGAUUUGGACGAAUUAGAUGGCAUGCUUGAUGGUUUUUAA